CAUUCACUCCGCCUUCCACGACAACCAGGCGCAUUCACGUCUUUCCUGUCUCGAAUUCAUGCGACACUGAUUGCGACACCGAUUGCGACACCGAUUCUACGACGCGACAUCUUGCGCGCCCGCGAACCGCUACUCAGAAUCUGCAGCUACUGCCUGCACAUAGCUCGUAUACGCAUCUUUGCCCGUAUUCACAACCCCCCCUAUCGGCGUCAUGGACGAAGGAGGCAAGCGAAAACACAGCUUCAGGCAGCAGCCGAACAAAAGGGCCAAGGCCGAGGAUGGCAGUGCACUCAAAUCAGGCUUUGGUGCGAAGAUGCUGGCCAAGAUGGGUUACAAGGGUGAGGGAGGUCUAGGAAAAGAGGGAGGCGGUAUCUCGGAGCCUAUCCAGGUCGUCAACCGCGGCACCAAGGGCGGUAUCGGUAUAGUGGCAGAGAAGAGCGAGCAGCAACGGCGGGAGGAGCGUCGCAAGGCCGAAGCAAACGGAGAGAAGUAUGUCGACACUUCAGAAGAGGAGCGCGAGGAGAGGAAGAAGAAGAAGGCCAAAGCACGGGGCGAGACGCGAGCAUCAGCUCCUCGACCGAAGAAGACUGUUUUCGAGCUCGAAGCAGCUGGCAUGCAUGUACCGCUUGCACUGCAGUCCAUUAUCGACGCGACGACCGGCACGUCCACUCCAACUUCAGGCGUGUCCCUCCGCGGCCCUGACAUCGUCUCAUUCGAGAACUCUCUGCAAGCGCGCGUACGCAGAGACUUGAACAGUUUUUCCGAAGCAUUCGAACAACUUCAGGUCGAGUCGCAGGCCAUUCCACCCCAAGAGUAUGCGCUUCAGAAGGAGCUGGAAGCGCUCGAAAAGCAGAUGGACGAGUUGGAGGAUCUACAAGCACGCAUCGAGUCUCUGCGCACAGGCACGUUUGACGUCGUUUGCGAAGGGCUGAAGAGCCUGCGCGCCGCCUACCCAUCGAAGCCGCUACACCGCGAAUCGAUUGCCGUUAUACAUCCACACUUCUCCAAAGCUAUCGCGUCCUGGGAGCCACUUGAGGAUGCGUUGGAGGGCGUGGCCGCGGCUUUCUCAGAAAUGGCAAAUAUCAUACAGCCCAGAAGUAGGAGAGUUGCUUCUCAAGCCUACACCCACCCCUCAGAAGCACUGGUUAGCCGCAACUCAGUCGACGAAGAGGACACGAUAAAGCGUGGCACUACAUCGUCAUAUGAGUCCAUGAUGCUCAAAUAUUGGCUCCCAACAGUGAGCUCCGCUGUAACACAGUGGGAUGUCAAGAACCCACAGCCCAUGGUGCAUUUGGUAGAAGUCUGGAAGCCAGUCUUACCACCAUUCAUUGCUAAGCGGGUGCUGGAACAAAUCACACAAAAGCUCUCCACCUCAAUCCAGGAGUGGAAUCCUCGAAAGCUCAAGAGAAGCCCACACACAUGGGUUGUGGAGUGGCUGCCUUUCCUCAAGCCGACUGAUCUAGACCCCAAGGGAUCAGGUUUAGUUGCUGAAAUCAAACGCAAGAUCCGACAUGCACUACAGUCCAUCGACCUCUCCAAAGGCCCGUUGCCAGGGAUGGACCAGUGGAGGAGAGUGUUUGGAAAGGGCGAGUUUGACCAUCUACUUACCUCCCAUCUAGUACCGCGUUUGGCGACCUACCUACGAGACAAUUUUGACAUCAACCCCGCUGAACAAGAUCUGGCACCACUCGAGGCCGUUUUCGCUUGGAAAGGGCUGAUAUCAAAUGAAGUCAUUGGAGAACUAUUGAAAGCACAGUUCUUCCCCAAGUUUCUCGAAAUCAUCCACCAAUGGCUUACGAGUCCCGAAGUUGUCUUUGAAGAGGUCCAGACGUGGCUUGCGUGGUGGCGGAACGAGAUCUUGCAGGACGAAAUCAGCAACUUACCUUCCGUGGCCUCAUCCUGGAAUGAAGCAUACUCGCUCAUCGGUACCGCACUGGAUCUUGGCGACGCAAGAUUGACACAUCUACCAGCGCCUCACGUCGAGAGUACGAGAGUCUCCCCAGAACCAUCCCAGUUCUCCAAGUCCGUCAAUAAGGAACCACCUCGUCCUGCGCCACAAGUCGAGGAGACAACAUUCAAGGAUAUGGUAGAGGAAUUCUGCGCUGAAGAGAAUUUGCUGUUGAUACCACUUCGUGAAGCUCACGACCAGACCGGUUUGCCCCUUUUCCGCAUCACCGCAAGCGCGACUGGACGAGGAGGCGCAGUGGCGUAUCUCAAGGGCGAUGUUCUGUGGGUGCAGAACAAGAAAGAUAAGACCAUGUGGGAGCCUACCGGUUUGGAUGAAGCCCUCACCGCUAAGGCAGAGGGCAAGUGAUUGCCAUCAACUCCAGAAUGCAUGUCUGCAUAUCCCACACCAAGCGGGUCUCGCUUCGAAAGGGUAGUGAUAGUGAUGUCGACCGCAGGGCUAUAAUGAAGCCACAUUAUCUCUCCAUCAGCGUCUCCUGACGCACCGAAAGGCAUUCCAAAAAUGCCGAAAGUAUGCAUGAAUCGUGAAGUAAGAGAAGUAACGGCCAAUGCGAAUUGCCGUCACAAGAUAUGAGGGUGAUGCGGCCUAAUAAUCGGUCCUUGCUGCAAGCCUAGUCUGUGAUUCCCAUUGCAUUACGACGAUUGUCGCGUAGAAUUUGCGAUCCGACUCGUUACUUCAAGUAGUUUGUUCGGCAUAUAAUCCUUGAAGUGGCUAAUAUACUACUUCCC